CAAACGGGCAUUCAAGCGGGUAAUGAUGUGAAGGAUAUCUUUGCCGAUGCCAGGAGCGGAGAGCAAUAUCGAGUCUUAAAGAUCGUCAUCGAGGACGAGCAGCUGACUCUGGGCACCACCAAGAAAGCGUCGAAGAAGUGGGACCAGGAGUAUGAUUCCUUAGUGCUGCCCCUCCUCGAGGAUGACGUGCCCUGCUAUAUUCUGUACCGGCUGGACUCCACUAACAACCAGGGCUACGAGUGGAUCUUCCUGGCCUGGUCACCGGACCACUCUACUGAUGAUCUGAAUCUCAGUGGAUACAGGAAAUAUCUGACCUCGCAGGCUGCUCCCCUGCCCCUCACCGCUGCAGAAGAGGAACUGAGGCAGAUUAAACUAAACGAGGUGCAGACGGACAUCAGUGUGGACACCAAGCAGCAGACUCUGCAGGGAGUGGCCUUCCCUAUUCACAAAGACGCUGUUGCAGCACUUGAACGUUAUAGGGACAAAAAGAUCAAUUACGUACAGCUGCAAGUAGACGCCGAACAGGAGCUGAUUCGGUUGUGCGGCACUGAGCCAACAGAGCUGAAAGACCUGCCAAUGAGAAUUCCUAAAGAAUCUGCACGUUACCACUUCUUCCUCUACAAACAUUCCCACGAAGGCGACUACUUAGAGUCCACAGUCUUCAUUUAUUCUAUGCCCGGGUACAAGUGUAGCAUCCGAGAGAGGAUGCUGUAUUCCAGUUGCAAAAAUCCCUUGGUCGACAUGGUGGAAAACAAUCUCGGUAUUGAGAUUGAGAAAAAGUUGGAGAUUGACAAUGGCGAUGAACUGACCAGUGAUUUCCUGUACGAGGAGGUGCAUCCCAAGCAGCAUGCACACAAGCAGGCCUUCGCCAAGCCCAAAGGCCCCGCUGGGAAGAAGGGUGGCCGCCGCAUCACCCGACCACCAGCAGGGAAAGAGGAGGAAGAUUAAAACAGACCUCAGCUCCCCGCCACCACCUCCACCCAGAGCACGUUCCACAGUGGAACAUUUCUUUGAUGGGGGGGGAAUCAUAUUUGACACGCUUGUUUAAAAGAAUAAGACAAUAACAUGUUAAAAUUCCCACAAAGUUCACCAGAGACCCAACUAUGCACGCCAAGGACAACUGAGCAAUGACACACUUCAGAGUUUCCAUUUGUAGCUUGCCAAAUGGAAGCAUAUUUAUGUAUGUUAGUAGUCACAAAUAACUUACAGUGAUUCAAAGAGGCCCAAACAAAGUCAAACUUGAGGUUUUUACAUUAUUGCCAGUUCUGAGACCUUAAAAAUGUUAGUGACUAAAUGUGAACUUGCGCCAAUAUGAUAAAAUUCCCCCAUUUUUAGUUCACAUCCUCAUAUUCUUAACUUGCAUUCCUUAAGUCUGUGUCAAUUAAUGUUUUUUUGUGUCUAUUGUGUUGAACAUUUGUCUCCUACUGUUUGCACAACAAGGUGCUCCAAAGCAGAAAAGAUAUAAUUAUCCCAAUUGUGUCUAUUGAUUCGUUUUAACAGUGCAUUUUAUAUUGGAAAUUGACUUCUUUUUUGAUAUAACUGUGGUUUACAUGAAAAAUCAUCUGCUGAGAAACUUAUUUUUCUAUGCAAGUGCUGUAAAUGUACAUAUUGUAGCUGUGUGAUGCUCUAUGAUUAAGAAACAGUCUGGUCUGUUCUGGUGAUUGUCAGUGUCGGUGAGGAUCACAGUGGAAAGAACAGGGGCUUCCAGAAAUAUUACGUCAAUACAUCUCAUAUUUCACUGAGAAGGAAGCUACUCAACCUUUGCUGGUUCCCAUACAAGAGGGAUCCCAAGCAACCGGAUAGGAAAGGGAAUACUAUUAAGUACCUUGAUUCAAAUGUUGCCACAUCCACUGAUCUACUGAUUAAUAUUAGGCAAACUACUAAGCUCACCUCAUUUUGAAGGGAAAAUCCCUUUAUAGUCAUACAGUGUCAUUAUAAUAGAGAGAAAAAACAUGUUUGGUCUUAUUUGUUUUCUUACAAAUCUUUCUUUUAAAGAAGAAAAAUAAAAUAUUUAAAUCAUA